AUGAGGGUGCUGGGCUCGUUCGGCCCGCGCAGCAGCAGCAAUCUGAGCUACUGGGGGCUGGCGGGGUGCGUGAACAACGUGACUCUGCUGGAAUACACGUGGUGGGCUGACAGCAUAGCCAACUACAGCAGCGGCACUGUUAUGAUGGUGCUGCAGGAUAAGGACAGCAGCAGCAGCAGCAGCAGCAGCAGCAAUCUGAGCUACUGGGGGCUGGCGGGGUGCGUGAACAACGUGACUCUGCUGGAAUACACGCGAUGGGCUGACAGCAUAGCCAACUACAGCAGCGGCACUGUUGCGAUGAUUUUGCACGACCAGGAUAGCAAACGCGUCCCCCUCCUUGCCCCUGCCUACUCUUCCCACCCCUACCCCUCCGUGCCUCCCCCUGCCCCUCCCCUGCCCCUCACUGCCUUCCCCUGCCCCUCCCCUACCCCUUCCUGCUUCUCACCCCUCCCUGCCCCUCCCCUACCCCUCCCUGCUUCUCCCUACCCCUCCCUGCCUCUCCCUACCCCUCCCUGCCUCUCCCUACCCCUCCCUGCCUCUCCCUACCCCUCCCUGCCCCCCGCAGUCUUUGUGAUUCCCAUCCUGCGCCACCCCAUGCCAGCCAACGCAUCAGCGCAGGAGAUACGGGAGAGCAUCAGCACGGCGUGGGCCGCUUCGGUGCAGCUGGAGUGGCGGGCGCGCAACAUACUCGACAUGCUACAGGAUGGAGACGCCACUCCCACGUACUCCUUUGGGCUCUACGACAGCACACAGCCUGGCGGGCUCGUGCAGAUCUACGGUCCAGAUGAGCCGCGCACGGAAAGAGGUGCCGUCUUCCCGUUUGUGCUGCCGGCGCCAGUAGUGCCUCGCAGCGAUCACGUCGAGAUGUUCCCUGAGGGGCUGUUUGGGAGGACCUAUGAGGCGCACUGCAGGCGCACUGCAGGUGAGUGGGUGCUUGGAGCCACAGGAAUUCGCCGCUUUUCACUCUGUUCCACCGCAUUCCACCGCAAUGCACCAGGGCUGAUAGUGUCUCGCAUUGCAGAGACCAUGUGGAGCCCUUCCCUGAGGCUCUUUCUUCCCCUCGAGUCGACUCGAAAACCAUUCUCCCUUCCACUCCUCAUGUGCGCCCUCAGUUUUGAGGGUGGGAGCAUAGGGAGCAUACCCCAGUUUCGAGGGAGCGUACCCCAGCGAGGGCACAUGGCAGAGGGUGUGAGGGAGAUGGAGCUGUGCACGGCAGCGCUGGAGAAGGCAGAGAGCAGCAAGAGUGAGACCGUGGCUAACCUCUCUCACGAGCUGCGCACGCCAAUCAUCGGCAUGAUAGGGAUGAUAGAGAUGCUGCUGGAGUCGCCAUUGGAGGAGUGGCAGGCGGCGGGCCUAAGGGACGCGGGGGAGUGUGCUCGGGAGACGGUGGGCCUCAUCAACCGCGUGCUCGACCUCGCCAAGCUGCAGGCCGGCAGGCUGCAGCUGGAAACCCUGCCGCUCUGCCUGGGGGGCGUUGCUCAGCACGCCGUUGCCCUGGCGGCUGAAGACGCGUGUGCCAGGGGGCUGCAAGCCUGGCAGCAGCUGGCAGCACGUGUGCGGCGCUUCCCCCCAGACACGCGUCUCGUUUGCACCCCUCCGCACCUCACAUCACCCCUGGACAGUCGCUCCGCGAAACCAGAGAGUCAGGGUGGGAGGCUAUUGGCAGGGCUGGGAGGGUUGGGAGGGUUGGGAGGGAUGGGAGGGUUGUACCUGGCAGGAGGAUGGGGAUGGGGAAGAGGUGCGAGGGCAAGAUGUGUUGAUGAGCAGCAAAAGGCAGGUGUGGAGAGUGGUGGAGAUGGCUGUGCGGAGAGUGGAAAGGGAGGGCGGCUAGAGAGGGAGGUGGCUGCGUGGGUGGAGGGGGCGUGCAGGGCGAGAGGGGAGGGCGAGUGGAUGGUGGUGAUGGCGUGUGAGGAUACGGGCGGUGGUAUUCCACCCGAGGAGAUGCGGUGGGUGCUGGACCCGUAUGGGGGCGACCCUCACCACUCCUCCUGCUCCUCUGCUGCUGAUGAUGAUGAUGGUGGCGCCAAUGUUGGUGGGCGUGGUGAUAUCAAGAAGCAACGAAGAGUUGCGGAGACAAGGAGGGGCAGCAGAGCCACCCCUCUGACGCACGACGAGAGGGCUGCUGCUCGCCCUGCCUGGACGCCCUACCCUGUUCGCUUCCUCCUCUCCACCUCCCUCGUGAGUGCUGCAAUUCUCAACUGCAUUGUCGCCUUUGAGAGCCACGGCAUCCAAAUUGAGAGGUGCUGGUCGCGUGUUGAUGACAUGUCGUUGAGCACAGAGUGUGCACUGCACUACCAUCGUGCACGCAACCAGCCCGCCCUCAAGAUGAGACGACUUUCGAGGCGCCUCAAGAUGAGACGACUUUCGAGGCGCCUUAAGAUGAGACGACUUUCGAGGCGCCUCAAUAUGAGACGACUUUCGAGGCGCCUCAAGACGAGACGACUUUCGAGGCGCCUCAAGACGAGACGACUUUCGAGACGCCUCAAGACGAGACGACUUUCGAGGCGCCUCAAGACGGGACGAGUUUCGAGGCGCCUCAAAAGGCAUGUCGUUGAGCACAGAGUGGCGGAGAUGCGGGGGAGCAUGGCAGUGCUGUCAGACAGCGCCACAGGCACCACCAUCCUGCUGGCGCUGCCCCUCUCGGCCCCCCCUCUCCCAACCGAACCCGGGAGCAGCAGCAGGCGAGGGGAGGGGCGUGAGGGGCAGUCCAGAGGGCUGCAGCACUGGAUGGGGGUUCCUAGAGGGCUUACCCGGAGCUCCUCUGCUCACUCUCUCGCUUUAAGCCCAAUAGCCCCUCUAAGCCCAAUAAACCCUUUAAGCCCAGCAGGCCGGCAGCUGCAGACAAUGCCACAGCUGACUCUCCCCUCAGCACGGGGCAGCAUCGGCAGCAUCGGGAGCAGCUUGGGAGGGAGCGGCAGGGCAAGUGUUGUUGGGAUCUUGGGCGCCGGAGCGGGUGAUGCAGAGGCGGCGGUGCGGGUGGCAGUGGCGCGGCGGCGGGUGGCAGUGGUGGAUGACAACGCGGUGAACCGCAUGGUGGCGCGGCGAACGCUGCAGAGCUACGGGGCUGACGUGCUGUUGCUGGCCUCGGGCGAGGACGCCCUGCAAGCUGUCUCCUCGCCAACCUCUGCCGCUUCGUCCAUCCAACUGCUGCUGCUGGACCUCCACAUGCCUCCUGGCAUCGAUGGAUUUGAGACGGCUCGGAGAAUCCGGCGCAUGGAGAGCGAACUGUUGGCAGCAGCAGAGCGGCAGCUUCCAAGCGUGGCAGAAGCAACAGCAGCCGACGAAGCAGACACAACAGCAGCCGAUGAGGCAGCAAACGAAUUCACUGUCCACACGCCUCAAGAGUCAACACCAGCCGACGGUUCCGACAGCGAAAUCUCUUUCAAGGCGCCUCAAGAAUCAACAGCAGCGAACAAGGCAGAGGAGGAAGAAGAAUCGAUGAGUCCAAGACGUCCCUCUCCUCAGCGGCUCUGCAUCGUAGCACUGACUGCAGAUUUGGAUGCUGGGGUGAAGCGAGCGUGCUUUGAGGCGGGGAUGGAUGGAGCCGUGCGCAAGCCGAUAGUGGCUCAUGAGUUGCUUGCUGCCCUCGUGGAUGCGGGGUUUUUCGCAGCCAGUGAGAUGACUGAUGCACUGGUGCUGUAG